CCUAAUUGAAAGAUUAGGAGUUUUUGGAUUUUCGGUGUAUUUUUCAAUCAAUUCAGCUGAAAACGUUUUGAAGUUGGCUUGACAAAAACAGCAUCAUUAUCACAAAAAUGGCCACCACGAGCGACAAAUAUAAGCGUACAAAUACGAACGGUAUGCAGCAUCAACCCCUGGACGUGGCCAUCGUUGGCGGUGGAUUGGUUGGUUCGCUGUUGGCGCUGCACCUGGGCCAGAAAGGCCAUGAAGUGAAUCUGUACGAGUACCGGGAAGAUAUUCGCACGGCCGAACUGGUCAUCGGACGUAGUAUCAACUUAGCCUUGUCGGCUCGCGGGCGCCGUGCUCUGGCCGAGGUAGGCCUAGAGGAAGCCCUGCUGGAUCACGGCAUACCAAUGUCUGGCCGGAUGCUACACGACCUGAACGGUAACCGGAAGAUCGUACCGUACGACGCGAAUACGAACCAGUGCAUCUACUCCGUCGGUCGAAAGCAUCUGAACGAGGUGCUGCUUAACGCUGCUGAGACGUACCCGAACAUUCACCUGCAUUUCAACCACAAGCUGGUCAACGCCGAUCUGACCGAGGGCACGCUGUCUAUGGUCGACCCAUCGACGAAGGAGGUUAAGAACGCCAAAGCCGACCUGAUCGUCGGUUGCGAUGGAGCAUACAGUGCCGUCCGGAAGGAGAUCGUCAAGCGACCUCGGUACGACUUCAGCCAGACGUACAUCGAGCACGGUUACCUCGAGCUAUGCAUACCUCCAACGGCCACUGGCGAAUUCGCGAUGCCUCAUAACUAUCUGCACAUCUGGCCGCGUGGCAAAUUCAUGAUGAUUGCGCUGCCAAACCAGGACCGCACCUGGACGGUGACGCUGUUCAUGCCGUUCACGCACUUCCACAGCAUUACCGAUCAGGAGCGUCUGUUGGACUUCUUCCGGCAAUACUUCCCGGACGCGAUCGAGCUGAUCGGACGUGAGCGGUUGGUGAAGGAUUUCUUCAAAACGAAACCCCAACCAUUGGUAAUGAUCAAGUGCCGCCCGUACCACGUGGACGCGAAAGCACUCAUCAUCGGUGACGCGGCACAUGCGAUGGUUCCGUUCUACGGUCAGGGUAUGAACGCUGGUUUCGAGGAUUGCAGUGUGCUGACGGAACUGUUCAACGAACAUGGUGCUGAUCUGACGCGCAUCCUGCCCGCGUUCAGCGAUCGACGUUGGGAGGAUGCCCAUGCCAUUUGCGAUCUUGCUAUGUACAAUUAUAUCGAGAUGCGCGAUUUGGUCACCAAACGUUCCUACCUGUUCCGGAAGAAGCUGGACGAGUUCCUGUUCUGGUUAAUGCCAAACACCUGGGUUCCGCUCUACAACUCGGUCUCAUUCUCUCACAUGCGCUACAGCAAGUGCAUCGCCAACCGUGCCUGGCAGGAUAAGAUUCUUACACGCGUUAUGUAUGGUGGCGCAUUUGCUUCAGUUGCAGCCAUCGGUUUCGGGUGCUAUCGACACGUGACCAUCGGACAGCUCCAGAAGCUAUCAACAGCGGUUUUACACACGUUUCAGCAGCUGAAAGUGCCGCAGCUAAGUGCCCAAUAAAAUCGUACGC